UUUACAUAGAUACGCCCAUCUGUGAAGCCGGAGGAAGUUGGCUUACUAGACAAUCUAGCAUUGCAUUUUAGUUUAGCUGUCUAGCUAGCUCAUUUAGCUACAAACAAAUAAUAAUCCACAUAAAUAGUUAUUAUCGACGAUGGACAAGCUUCGUAGUAUGAUGGGGGGGCGAGAAGACAACGAGGAAACGGGUCUCACGGCGCAGGUCCUGGAUGCCUCGACCCUCAGCUACAGCACCCGGCUGAAGUGGUUCGUCAUAUGCUUCGUUUCAGGGAUCCUGUGCUCCAUACUGGGCACUGCACUGCUGUUCUUACCCAAUGGCACCAAGUUGUUUGCUGUGUUCUACACACUAGGUAACCUUGCUGCACUCUCCAGCACCUGUUUCCUGAUGGGACCCGUGAAGCAGCUGAAGAGAAUGUUUGAACCGACCAGACUGAUAGCCACCUGUGUUGUGUUGCUCUGUCUCGUUUUGACUCUUUGUGCAGUUUUCUGGUGGCAAAAGAAGGGACUGGCCAUCAUCUUCUGCAUUCUACAGUUCUUAGCAAUGACAUGGUACAGCAUCUCUUACAUUCCAUUUGCCAGAGAUGCAGUGAUAAAGGUUUUCAACAGCUGUCUGAGUUAGAGAACGGACAGUGCUCUCCCGGGUCUGGGUUCAAAUACUAUGAAAUCACAAGACCGGUCCCAAAUAUGCAAAGACAACGGAGAGAUAUUUUGUAUUUGUAUUUUUCAUUUUCAUUGCUGUUUUGAUACUGUGAAUCAUUAAUAUUUCCAAUAGUUGUAUAAUCAUGUUAGCAGUUAUCUGAAACUAAUGCUUAUUCAUAUUAUGGUUAUCAGGGUUGGGGUCAAUUCCAUUUCAAUUCAGUUAAUUCAGGAAGUAGACUGAAAUUCGGAAUUGGAAUUGGUUUACUUCCUGAAUUGACCCUGAUAGAUGCUUAUUUAACCUUUUGUUCGUUACUCUCAGAUUGGAUCUGUUGUUUUAAAGUGUGUUUAUGCUUCUGUUGAGAGAGGUGAAUGCUUGAAAUUCAAAUAUUUAAUAAUUUUUUAAAUAUAUAUCAUCCAAAAAGACAGGAUUGGGGUCAAGUGGAAUUGAAGGCAGUCAAUUCAGGAAGUGACUUUGAAAAUGAAAACAUUUUCCAACUCUCAAAAUAAAUAGCUUUUACUUUUCAGUUUAUUGAGAAGUCAUUAAAAUAUGCCUUUUUUUUUUUUUUCAAUUCUUGAAUUGGAAGUUAAGUUUACUUCCUGAAUUGACUGCCUUCAAUUCGAAUUGCCCCCAAUCCUGCAAGUAGACCUAUUUUAUAUCUUGUUUCGUCCAGAGCAGGGAAAGACCUAUAGACAUUUUACAACAUGAUGCUUGUAAAACUGAAAAUACAACUCAACGCCUUACCUUUUUCUACUUUGUAUUUUGUCUCAUGACAAUACGAUUUGAUGAUAUUUUAACAUUAAGUUUUCCGUCUUCAGAAGAAUGGAAUAUGACUGUCUAUUUUUUUUUUGAUGAAUAAAAUGAAAAUGUUUUCAUUUUGAAACUGCUCUCCAACUUAGUUCGGCCUUAAAGGACAAUUCCACCCACAAACUAUCUUUUGGUAUUUGUUUCAUUAGUCCAUUGUUGUCAUA